UCUCUCUCUCGUUCUCUCUGCAUCCUAUCCAGCCCCCCCAACCCCCCGCCACCCUCAUUCUGCUUUCAUUCAGGUUAUUUACCCGUCUCCUCCUCACUCCGUCUGCUGUGUCCUUCUCCCUCUCUUCCUUCCUCCUCGCUGCUGCCGCUGCUCUAGCCGCCUCACCCUACAUCCCUCCCUUCCUACUAACACUCCCUCCCUCCUCUUCUUCCUCCUCCUCCUCCUCCUCCUUUUCCUCCUCCUUUUGGAGAUCUUCAAAGCUGCCCAGCUCACACUCGCACAUAGCAUAACACACUCCCGCGUGAGAAAAACAUGUCAGCUGUACUGGACCUGGACCAGAUUGCAUGCGCUGGAAAUGGAGUGGAGCAUGACAUUGAGACUCCACAUGGCGUUCUUCAUGUGACGAUGAGAGGCGUUCCCAAGGGCAACAGACCCAUCAUCCUCACCUAUCACGACAUCGGCCUCAACCACAAGUCUUGCUUCAACACCCUGUUCAACUAUGAGGACAUGCAGGAGAUCACCCAGCACUUUGCAGUGGUCCAUGUGGACGCUCCCGGCCAGCAGGAGGGUGCACCUCCCUUCCCCAGUGGGUAUCGCUACCCAACCAUGGACGAGCUGGCUGAAAUGCUCCCAUCGGUGAUGACCGAGUUGAAAGUCAACAGCGUGAUUGGUAUCGGCGUGGGAGCGGGGGCGUACAUCCUCAGCCGCUUUGCACUCAACAACCCCACGCUGGUGGAGGGGCUGGUUCUGAUCAACGUUGACCCGUGCGCUGAAGGCUGGAUCGACUGGGCUGCUUCAAAGCUCUCUGGAUGGACCAGUAACUUGGUGGAUAUCGUCAUGGCUCACCAUUUCAGCACCGAUGAGCUGACAGAGAACCAGGAGCUGAUCCAGACCUACCGCCUCCACAUCGCCCAGGACAUCAACCAGGACAACCUGGCUCUCUUCUGUGGCUCCUACCAAUACCGUCAGGACCUUGAGAUCGAGAGGCCAGUCGUAGGUUUGAACGAGGACACGGUCAACACACUAACGUGCCCUGCUUUGCUGGUGGUUGGUGACACUUCACCGGCUGUGGAAGCCGUAGUGGAGUGCAAUUCCAGGUUAAACCCAACCAAGACUACAUUGUUAAAGAUGGCUGAUUGUGGAGGCCUGCCCCAAGUUGUGCAGCCAGGGAAACUUGCAGAGGCAUUCAAGUACUUUGUUCAGGGCAUGGGCUACAUUCCCUACGUUCUUCUCAGUCACCUGAGCAACGAAUCAGUGCCGUCAGCGGGAAUGACUCGCCUGGCUCGCUCACGUACCACCUCCUCUUCCAGCAUCACCUCCAUGGACAGCAGCCGCAGCCGCAACAACCUCAACAGCCUGCUGGAGGGCAGCGCCACCGGAGCCCUGGACAGCCAAGCUGGACCCCAGACCAUGGAGGUCUCCUGCUAAACCCCCCCCCCUGCACUCUCCCAUAGUAACUUAUGUGCCCUCACCCCCUCUCUUUCUCUUUCUCUUUCUCUCUCUCUCUGUCACGUCCCACUCCUAAGCAACUCAUUGCCAGGAGGACCUGUAAUGACCUAUGUGAUUAGAAAGGAGGAUGUAAUGAAUAUAUUAACGGAUGCAUACUAUAAAAUAUUAUAUUGAGUACACUGUCAAAGUCACAUUCCUACCAGAAACCAUAACUACAUCAGAUGUGUUGUAUAUUCAGUUCAUAUCUCUGACACAAGUCUCAACUGUCCAACCUUGUAUUUAUUUUUUUUUUCACAUUGUCUUUAUUUUAAUGUCUUCAUAUGCUGUAGAAAUCUGAUUAACAUUUUUUUUUUUCUUUUUUAAACUUGAUGUGGGCUACUACUAUUAUCAUGCAUCAUUGUUAUCUUACUGCAAUGCAAAUUAGUUACAAAGUCACAGAGUUAAACCAUCGCACAGUCACUGCAGAAAUAGAACUGCUAUUGAUGUUUAUAACCGUGAAGCGAAGCAGGUGGUACAUGGUGGUAGCGGCGCAAACCGUAGCACACUGCGAGUAGUCACUUCAGAAAGCAUUCAUUUGCUUCGGACUAUUAUUUUUGUAAUUGAACUCGACACCUCCUCUUUCUUUCUGCUUUGUGUUGUUGUUUUUGUUCAGUUGAAUAGAUAAUUCAGUGAUGUUCUAACCUUUAAGAAGUUGGAUCUGAUGUGAAACGUUUGCGUCCCUUCCCUCGAGGACCAAGCGGUGCUUCUCACUGUCUGCUGAUUCAGCUCAUUUAUAUUACUACUGAAUAAAGCUACGAGAUGAGAACA